GGUGGUGGAUUUGUCUAAAGGACAUUUGAAUGCAAAACAACAAAACAGAAUAAAAGCCAAAGAACCGAGAGGGACUGACUAAACAGGAGCAGCCAUGCGAUUGGUCAGCGUGGCGGGGUCACGGCUCCGCAGGGCGGCCGAGGAGGAAGAAAGAGAGAGGGAGCCCCCACCUCACCAACCCCCCUCACACCACUCCAACCACCAGUUCGCCAGCAUGAAGAACAAGUUCUUCAAUGAGCUCACCCACCUGCCAAUGCCCAUGUGGGCCGUAGGAGCCAUUGUGGUCGUGGUCCUUGCCCUCGUCGCCUGCCUGGGAUUCUGCAUUUACAAGAAGUGCUUCAAUAAGGCCAAGAAGCCCAAGAAGGUCCGUGAGAGGAAGGGAGGACGAGGGCGCAGGAAGAAGGACAAGGAUGGAGAGGAAGGAGAUGACAAGAAAGAUGGAGAAGAAGGAGAGAAAGAGGAGGAGAAGGAGAACUUCGGCAAACUGGAGUACACACUGGACUACAACUUUACUGAUAACCAGCUGAUAGUCGGCAUCCUCCAGGCUCAGGACCUUGCAGCCAUGGACAUGGGUGGCACCUCGGAUCCCUAUGUCAAAGUCUACAUGCUGCCGGACAAGAAGAAGAAGUUUGAGACCAAAGUCCAGCGCAAGAACCUCUGUCCAGUCUUCAAUGAGACCUUCACCUUUAAGAUACCAUAUAGUGAGCUGGGUGGUCAGACUCUGGUGCUACAGGUGUUUGACUUUGACCGUUUUGGUAAACACGACGUCAUCGGUGAGAUCAAGAUCCCCAUGAACUCAAUAGACCUUGGACAGCCAAUACACGAUUGGAAGGAUCUGGUUGGAGGAGAGAAAGAGGAGCAAGAGAAGCUGGGUGAUAUCUGUAUUUCCCUUCGUUACGUCCCCACGGCUGGUAAGCUAACGGUUAAUAUCAUGGAAGCCAAGAACCUGAAGAAGAUGGACGUCGGAGGACUGUCAGAUCCAUUUGUUAAGGUGGUGCUGCAGCACAACGGGAAGCGACUCAAGAAGAAGAAGACAUCAGUCAAACAAAACACUCUGAAUCCUUACUUCAAUGAAAGCUUUAGUUUUGAGAUCCCCUUCUCCCAGAUCCAGAAAAUCCAGGUGCUGAUUACUGUGUAUGACUACGACAAGCUGGGCAGCAACGACCCCAUCGGCAAGUGCUGGAUUGGAUAUGGUGCCUCAGGUGUCGGACUGCGCCACUGGUCAGACAUGCUGGCCAAUCCCAGACGUCCAGUGGCGCAGUGGCACACGCUGCUUACGGAGGAGGAGGUGGAUGCUGCACUAAAGGCCCCAAUCCGCUAAACACGCUCACAGACGUGUAUAUGCACCAUACAUGUCAUCUACACCAUCAUUUACAUAGUGGGUGCAUUCUUCCAUUUGAAACCAAACAACUGUAGGUUUUCUAAAAUGAAUAGUAAUGUUUAAAGCUGCAGUAGGUCGUUUUUAUAACAAUCACUUUUUGUCAUAUUUGCAAUAAUGAUAUUUUUAUAAAACUUACCUACUGCAGCUUUAAUGUACGUCAGAUUCACACCUUCAUUCUUUUUGUAAUAUUUCAUGUUGGGUUCUCUUUAUAAGACUAUAUGUGUACUUUAUAUUGUUUUCAAUACAUACCAUAGAAAUAUAUGCAAACACAUUAUUUGUACUUGCAACACACACUCAAAUUUAUACGAAACCUACAGUAUACACAGUGCAGCUAAAGUUGUGUUUUGCACUGGUUCAUGCAUACUUUACACUGAAAGACUACACAUUUAUGCUGACUCGCUAGUUAAAUGACUCUGGGUAAUUUAGCAUCACACUUCCAUAAAGUUUGGAUACUCACAAGAGACAGAUAAAAAAAAUGGAGUAAUAAAAAUCGAAGGCAGACUAUGCUGACUUUUAGUCACUAAAAACCCUGGAUACUACACCUCCCAUAAUGCGGCUUGAUAGUCUUUAAAAGUCUGUGUUUAUGCUCCUCCUGCCUGGUGAAUGUCCUCAUCUUUUAAACUCCCAGUUCCCAACACAGGAUUUCUGUAAAACAAAAAUACAAAUAAAAAUGGACGUGUGAAGCCCAUCAUCAGGGUUGUUUUCUUCAACCACAGAAGACAUAAUACAACUGUUCAGUAUAGUUCUCCUUAUGAUGAGUGAACUGAACUUCAUGUGUAAAAUUUGUGGAGUGCCCCUGUAAUAUUUAUUUUAUGACUACCUUGGUAAUUCUGAACCGCUGUUUCAGAGCUAAAGUGUUUGUUUCCCUCUUUCCUUAUGUUCUCCUCUUGUUUACCUGGAUAACUCUCUUAUCUUCCAAACAGUCUAACCUGGAUUUUCCUGUGAAACGUAUUAUAUUUAGCUGCAUGUUUGUACUGAUUGUUGUGGCUUCUUCUCCUGUGUUUGUUUUGUGUUUGAAUGAGACCCUGCUCAGGGUGUCUGCUGGUGAAUGUGCAUAUCAAUGUGUGUGUGUGUGUGUGUGUGUUGUAUAUCAUAAAAAAAAAAAGGAAAGCUGUUUUUGAUUCCGCUUUCGAUAUGUACCAUGUGAGUGUAAAUAAAUAGUUGAAUAAAUAAAAU